AUGGCCAAUACCUCAAGGACCUUACACGAUGCUGACGACCCUGUCGAUGAUAUCGCAUCGUUCUGGGCGCGAAAUGUCCCCCAGAUCGGCCUUUCCUACCAUUUCGUCCUCCAUAUGAUGUAUGCUCUAGCAGGGUAUCAUCUGGUAUACCAAGAACCAAAAGGGACUGAACGGCAUUCCCAGAGCCUCGCUCUCGCGGCGCAUCAUGCAGAGCUUGGGAUUUACGAAAUGAACAGAACUUUAACGAACCUUAACGAAGCAAAUUGUGGCGCUCUCUAUGUCGCAGCGGUGCUCGUCUGCUACUGCACCUUUGCAGCUGGACCAACAGGUCCCGACGACCUGCUUGUGUGUGUUAUUGGCGAGGGGAUCUCGCAAAGAUGGCUUCCCGUGAUUCAUGGAGUCCGGUUGAUCCGACAGAGCAUUGAACCAGCUACGCUCUUUACGGGCCUCAUGGCUCCUCUCGGUGGCGGUGGCACGAAUUCAGAGAUGGAAGAUACAAAACCAGAUUUUAUGGUUAUGGGGUUCUCGUACAUUGAUUGGGUUGGGCCACUUGAGAAGCUUCGACUAUGGAUAGCGUCUCACGAGAACCCAGAUACUGCCUUGUACCUGAGGGUACACAAAAGCUUGUGCGAUGUUUACGAGGCCAACUUUGGCAACGCCGAGGGCCUUGUCCAAGUACCAAAGAUGAAUAAGUUUGUGUUUGGCUGGCUGUACCGCAUGCAAGAUCUGUUUGUCGGGUGUCUUCAGCGAAAGGCACCUCAGGCUCUUCUUUUGAUGGCGUAUUAUGACAAUGAAAAGGUCAUGGUUCAUGGAAGGGUGGGCAACGCAUCUGCUCGAAACGAUAAGAGGUUUGUUAAGUGCGGACUUGAUAGGUUGGUUGGACUGGCCGGUAGAAAUAAGUCGGCAGCCUGA